GGCGACUCUGUUAUUACAGUGCAGCUGACUGAGGAAGAUAAAGUUGAAGAUGAUGUAGUUUUUUACUUGGUCUUCACUGGAUCAACUGUCCAACACUGCACAAGCACGAGAAAGAUUAAUCCUGGGAGUCUGGAGACAAUUUCUCCUGGCCAUGACUGCUGCGAGACAGUGAAGGUGGCACUUUGUGCCUCUAGAGAAGGUCGUCCUGUUCUGGUUGUGGCAGAAGAGAGUUUCCAGUUUGUCCAAGAUGAAGCCUACGAUGCCGCCCAGUUUCUGGCCACCUGCGCUGGCAACCAGCAGGCACUGAAUUUCACGCGGUUCUUGGACCGGUCGAGGCCGCCUGCUGCGGAUGUGGACUUUUUGGAUGAGAAGGUGGCUUUGGCGUUUCGACACCUGAAACUGCCGGCAGAAUGGAACGUGCUGGGAGCGGACCAGUCCCUGACCGAGAACAUCCCUCGGGAGACACUGAUGCAUUUUGCCGUGAGGCUGGGGGUGCCGGUGCUCCAGCAGCCCGGUGGAAGAGGAGCUCUCAGCAUCCACAACAACGAGGGGGCAACGCCCGUGAGCUUGGCCUUGGAGAGGGGCUACCAGAAGCUGCACCAGCUUUUGACAGAGUAA